CCAGUAGAUGAGCAAGCACCCACACCGAUGACCUUCUCAAGAUGGUGGCCCGGCGAGACGUAUGCGUCACUUCCGGCCUUGCGAAAUCUAUAAAGAGCAGGAUUGGCGAUUUCACUUUCCCGGCCUGAAAGAUUUCUCCGCCCCGACAUGCCGAUGAGUCGCUCUGGCUCCCACGGAGCCACGUUCUGCCUGCCCCGGAUGCUCGCGAAGGACCUCCUACACCCCUCUCCCGAGGAGGAGAAGCGGAAACACAAGAAGAAGCGCCUGGUGCAGAGUCCCAACUCGUACUUCAUGGAUGUCAAGUGCCCGGGGUGCUAUAAAAUCACCACGGUCUUCAGCCACGCACAAACGGUAGUUCUCUGUGUCGGAUGCUCCACUGUCCUCUGUCAGCCUACUGGAGGGAAAGCAAGACUUACAGAAGCUCAUUUUACUGAUGAAACUAAAGAUGCAAGUGAUUAGGCUAAGGUCUCACAGGAUGUUCCUUCAGACGGAAGCAGCACUAAUGACAGAUUCAGGAUGAGUAAGGAACUAUAAAAAAUAAACUAAAUUUGAUACA